GGUGGCGCUGUGGCGGUUGAGCUAGGCACUACAGAAGAAGAGCAGCAUUUUGUCCUGGAAGAAAACAUGACACAGACAGCUGCUGCAGGUCACCAUGGAAACGUAACGGUGGAUAACGUAGAAGGAUGACUGAAGACUCGCAGGUGUCAAUCAGCAGUGACAGAAAGAGGCUGUACAGUCCGUGAUGGAGUUCCCACAGCAUUCCCAGCAGCUGCUGUCAGCUCUGCGUUCCCAGCGCCAGCGGGGCUUCCUGUGUGACUGCACCGUCCUGGUGGGCUCAUCCCGUUUCUUGGCUCACCGGGCUGUUUUGGCCUCCUGCUCGCCUUUCUUCCAUAUGUUCUACUCAGAUUCUCCAGGCAGCAAUGGUGCAAAUGGCACCAGCAGCUCUGUCACACUCGACAGCGACAUUGUCACGGCUGCUGCGUUCAGCUUGCUCUUGGACUUUGUGUAUGAGGGCGUGCUGCAGCUGGAGGAGUCACCACCAGUGGAGGACAUAUUGGCAGCGGCAAGCUUCCUGCACAUGAACGAGGUGGUGAGAGUGUGCAAGAGGCGACUUCAGAGACGAGGGCCUGUGGCCGAGGCAGACAGCACUCGCUCUGAAGAGGGCACUGGUGCAAGGAAGGCAGUAGAGAUUGGGAGGGGAAGUGGGGGGGAUGGUGGAGCUGAGCCUGUGAUGGCAGCAGAUCACUUGAAUCCCGUCGCCAUGGCAGCGCCUCUCUCAUCAGUAACCGUGAUGACAGAGAGGAGUCUGUUGGAGUCUGUGAAGUCUGAGCGCAGAAAUGGCGGCGGUUCAUCAGAGACACGAGUUCAGACCCCUCUGAGCCCUGACCUCGCUGAUACCACCCAGCCAGGCAUGGACGGCCCUCCUCUGCCCCCAGGUGGAGAGUUGUUGCAGGGCCACACCGCACACCAGUCUGCCCCGGCCUCUGGAGGUCACGCCAGGUUGGGGACUGGCAGUCAGGGUGAAGGGUCAGCACUCUGCAGCCCCUGUAGCACCACUGAGACGUACAGUCACAGCAGUAACCAGCUGCCCUCCUCUUCCUCCCUGGUCCCAGUGAGCCAGGCUGGUAGUCGGUCAGCGGUCGCCCUUCUCCAAUCUGAAUCCAGCCUUUGCCCCAGCCCCCAUCAGGACACAUCCCGACUUCCCAGUAACAAUGACUCUGUUGGAAAACCCUCAGAGACUGACCGCAGAGGUACAUCAAGUGAAGAACAACAGAUGGUUAUGUUGAUCCACGCAUCAGCGCUAUCCUCACACUUGCAAACCAACCCGACACAAUUGCCACCGCAGCGCUCACACCCCCAGAUCCAAAUCCAGAACGCUGUAUCACUCCAACGCCGAAGCCCAAACCUUCACUCUGCUUCCCAGACACUCACAAGGCCUGGAAGGGAGACGGGAGUUUCACCCACACUUAGGGAUGGAAGAUCUCACCCUCUUAUGGGCAGAGUGAGGACGGAGGAGUAUGAGGGAGAGAAUGUGAAAGUCAAAGUGGAGGCCAUUGUUAUAUCUGAUGAAGAGCUAGAGGAGGAAAAAGAUGGAGGCAGAGAGAGCGACCCGGUGAUGGAAGUGGACAAUGACUUUGACGAUGACAUGCAGGAAGAGGAGCUGAGCAGCCCUCAGCAUCUCUCCUCCCGCACCCAGGCCCUCUUACAAAUGUCCGCCCAUUCCAAUGACUACUCCUUCCCUCUCUCGCCUUCCUCCUCCUCCUCCGGUGCCGGCCCUUCCUCCCAGGACACUUCCUCCUUCUCUGCCUCCCUCAUUCCUCCAUCCACAGCCCAGCAGCAUUCGGACGCUCCUGCCUACUUUCAGGAAUUCCAGGACACCAUGGGGAACUUUGUAGAGGAUGUCCCGACGUGCGGCGUCUGUGGAAAGACUUUCUCAUGCACAUACACGCUAAGACGGCAUGCCAUCGUGCACACAAGAGAGCGCCCCUACGAGUGCCGCUACUGCUACCGGAGCUACACACAGUCAGGCGACCUGUAUCGACACAUUCGUAAAGCUCACGACCACACCCUGCCGGCCAAACGCAGCAAGGCAGAUGUGGAGCACACCCUGCCACUACAACCACCACCACCACCACCUCUUAGCUAACAAACAAACAGACACACUAUUGAAUUUCUAUACUUAAACACACACACCAAAACUUUAACCUAAUAUCACAAUAACUCUAAUUCUAACUUCCAAUCCAAAAUCAAGGUCCUUUUUUAAGAAGCAGGAACCAACAAAACGUCAUCACUUUGAAAAAUUACCAGGGUAUCAGAAAGUCUUUAAAGUAUGAAUUCAGUUUCAGAAAUAUCAGGCUUUAAUUUAUGCCUAAUUUCAACAUUGACGUUUUAUCAAUUUAUCAACGUUUUUAUUUAAUUUAAUUAUAUUCAGUCUCUAUCCAAAGUCCCUCCAAUGCUUAUCUCAAUACUUACAUACAGUACUUACUUCAUACUUACAUACAACACUUACCUGAUGGGAUAAGGUAUCAAUCAGCUUUAAAAAAUAAAGCAUAAAAUGCAAUGAAAUGACUGAGAUUACUGAAUGGGAGCUCAUCUCAUUAAGUGGCUUGUCUAUUGCCUUCUAUUUAAAAAUAUACAUCUGCUUGUCAGCUCACACCAUCCUGCUCUAUUUGUCCAAAUAUUGUAUUAAUAUUUUUAUAUUUGCAAACACAACACAGACACCUUGGCAUCUUAUUCUAUCAAGGACAUUUGAGCUCCAUAAGUACAGAAAUACAAGAACUCACACACACAGAAUGAACACCAGCGGUGUGGCAUCGGUAUCAGCCCUCAUUUAUCAGACUUUGUUAAUGUUUGACUGUUUCCUCUGGUUUGUCUACAUAGAAACCCUCAAACUGGUCUAAUAUUUGUGCUAUUGUGCUACUCUUUGUAAAUUUAAAGAGGCAUUUUUUAAAAAUAUCUUUAUUAUUCGUACAUUUAUACAUUUAAAAACUCACAUAUUUCAUGACUGUGAGAAGUGAUCAUCCAGGAGAAGCUGUAUGAAAAUGUCUGAGUUGUAUGAGACUCUACAAACAGUUUUCUGUAUUUACUUUUAACACAAAGGGAAAAUUUUAUCAGUUACACCAAUUUUAUUGUUUGACUGUCUUUUCAGUGUGUGCCAGCAAAGUUUGACUGAUUCCAACUGACGUAGCAUUGUACUGUUUAAUGUUUUAUUUAAAGGAAGAAAACACCUGCAUAAAAUUACAGGUGGUGAAUUAGGUCAUUUUCCCACACUUUGUUGAACUAGUGCCAUUUUCUAGGGUUCUACCCUUUUUACCAUCAGUUUUAUAUCAGUCUUAUAAGGCCAUUUCAUCAAGAUUAAACAUAUAUCUUUGAUGAAGUAGCAAAUUAAUUGUGCCAAACAGCCUUCACUUUGCCUCAACUCCUUCAACAGGGCAGUAAAAUUUGAUUAGGAAGAUUUCUUACUGACACAAAAAUAUAAAAGUGGCAGCAAUAGUAUGAAUCUAAAUCCUAAAAAAAAGGUGCUUCCUCUUUUAUCUUACACAACCUCUUACAAAAGUGGUUGCUAUCCCACAAUCCUUUGCUUCGGCAAUGACAGUCUUUACAUUUCCAGUGGCUGUCAAGGAUUAUAUACAGUCGCCUUACUUCACAUAUUUCAUUGAACUUCCUUUACAUUUUCAAUUAAGUGGUUUGAGAGAAAAAUUAAUUAAUAUUUUAACUACUUAAAUUGCAUCCUGCAUUUCCUGGUAGGACAUCAGAGGAAGUAAAGGAGAAAAACAAGAGGAAUCCACCCUUUAUGAUUAAUUUUUCCCAUUGAUCAUGUGACUUUUUCUGCAGCAUGACAGGAUAUCUGAGCACAUUUUGACACACACAGUAAUUCUACCUUCUCUUCAAAUGUUUAAUUUCAAGCUUUAAUUGUGCCUAUAUGACUGUUUGACACUUUGGAGUUAGUUGUUACUUUCUGUAUGAUGAAAAAUCAGUAGUAUUGGUGUUACCAUACAAACCCCAGAGUUUUAUACUGGGUAUUCAUACUGGACAGCUGAUCAUUUAAUGGAUGUCAUGGCAGCCAGUGUG